AUGGCUGCCGAAGUACGGCCUGUACAGCAGGCCAAACUGCCCUCACGAUCAUCGGCACUCACACCCGAGCAAUCCUACUGGCGCAGCUUCAAAUCACCGCAAAACACGACAUCACCUUCCAACCAUGCCAUAACACAUAUUGCACAGCCGCCAGCGCCUGCCAAUGCAGCGACCACUCCUUCAGACUUCUUCGCUGUCAGUACUGGCGCCCGUAUACAACUGUACUCAUAUAGAACGCGGAAGCUGGUCAAGACCAUUACCAGAUUCAGCGACACAGCAUAUAGCGGCGAACUUCGGCCAGAUGGACGUGUGCUUGCUGCUGGAGAUGAGACGGGAACGAUACAAGUAUUUGAUGUUGGAUCGAGGGCAAUCCUGAAGACAUGGAAAGAGUCGAAACAAGCCAUACAUACAGUCAAGUGGCACCCUUCAGAACCGACGUCACUCAUGUCCUGCGGCGACGACACAACUGUACGGCUAUGGGACCUGCCAUCAGAGAAGCCCGAAUCUAUAUUACGAGGUCACACCGACUAUGUGCGGUGUGGCUCAUUCCUCAGCGGCAACCUGAUGGUGUCUGGCUCAUACGAUACAACCAUCAAGCUGUGGGAUCCUCGCGUGUCCUCCGCAGUCAUGACUUUCACACACAGUGCUGGCAUCGAAUCGGUCCUGCCAAUGCCCGACGCACGAACAUUACUGGCCGCAGCCGGUCCAUCAGUCGCCAUCCUCGACAUAGUUGCAGGCAAACCACAGCAACUACUCACAAACCACCAGAAGACCGUCACGUCGUUAUGUCUGGCCUCGCACGGCACUCGACUCGUCACAGGCGCCCUAGACGGCCAUAUGAAAGUAUUCGAAACGACGGGCUGGAACGUUGUCGCUGGCUCAAAAUAUCCAUCACCUAUACUCAGUCUUUGCGUCGUCACAUCCGGACCGAAUCGAGACGACAAGCAUGUUGCAGUUGGCACCUCUUCCGGACUCCUCAGCAUCAAGACGCGCUUGUCCGGCGAACAGAAAGCAAAAGAGAAGGCUCGGCAGAAAGAAAUGGACGCUUUGCUAGCAGGCAAGAUUGCCGAGCAUGAUGCCAAACAAGCGAAGAAACGAGGUCGAGGCUGGGAGAAGCGCUUCCGAGGACGAGACUAUGAUGGUGAGGACGCCGAUAUCAUCAUACAGGGGAACGACAGAGGCAAACCCAAGAAGCUAAAACCAUGGGAGAAGAGUCUGCACAUGACGCGGUAUGGCGAAGCACUCGACAUGGUGUUGGCCGGCAAGGACAGGAUGACUGUCUUCACACUGCUGAACAACCUGCGCUACAGAUCCGCUCUGCGAAAUGCACUCGAGAAUCGAAACGAGACUACGCUGGGACCGAUCGUCAGAUGGGUGUAUGUGAACAUCAGCAACGCCAACGAACGAUUCGUGAGUCUAUGUGUCGAGGUGGCGAUGAUCAUCAUGGACCUGUACACAAAGCAUCUGCCAGACAGUGCAGAACUGGAGAAGGAUUUCAACAAACUGAGGAAAAGAGUCUUGGACGAGGUCGACCGAGCCAAGAACGCGUCCGAGACGAUGGGCAUGCUGAGCCUCGUGUGGGCUGGCGUUUCUGAGCCAUGA